AUGGCCCCCUCCGCUCUUUCCACCCUUGUCGCCCUCGGCUCGGCCGGCGCUGCCCUCGCUCAAGUCACCCUCACCUUCCCCGCCACGCCAUUGAACCAGCUUACUUUCGCGGCGACGACAGACCUGCCCUACCAGAUCUAUCCGGACUCGACGCCUUAUGUCCGCGGCCCCCAGUCUGGCUACAACAUCUGCAACUCGACGACCGAGACACAGGAAUCUAUGUGCCAGACCAUGUGGGUUAACGGCCUUGACGACUUCUGCUUGUGGGCACCUCCCAACGCCAACUCUACGAUCGCCGACACGGAGGGUGAGGAGGUCGCAUGGUGCACGAAGAAGGGUUACGGCACCCGUAUCAUGGAGGAGGGCACCAUUACCGGCGCCCAGCUCUUGAAGACGGACCAGUACUGGAUGAUCACGGGUCUCGUGAACCAGUCGCUCAUCAACAUCCAAUCCGACGAUUUCGGUGGUGAGCUUGACUCUGGAGGACAGGACGAGCGUGGCAACCCGAUCGGUGGGACACUCUACUCGACCGCCUUCAACUCGAACCCGUAUGGCCAGAUCCUCUGGUGGACUGAGUUCAUCGGUUCCAACCAGUUCUGUGUCAAGAUCUGCAACCCCAGCGGCACGAACGAGGCCGGCUACUGCCAGCACACUCUUGACCGCAUCGGCCUCCUGUACAACUGCCCGUCCAAGUACACCGCCGCUGCAGGCUUCCAGGCCGGCGAGUUCGAAGUCUGCGACUCUGACCUCAUGACCGUCCCCGGCAUCUACGUCGACUCCACCGGUGCCACCCAGUCCUACUCGCAGCCCCCGGAGUCGCUUGGUGCUAUCACCAGCAUCCCGUACACGCCCUCCGUCGUCGCAUCGUCGAACUGCCAGACGUACGCUUCGUCUGCGCUCUUCACCGACCUCGUCCAGGCAACUGGCGCGGCUUCCGGCAGCGGCGCAUCCGCCACCGGCUCUGCCACCGGCUCGGGCUCGAAGUCCGCGACGGGCUCCGCUGCCUCUGCAACUGGCUCCGCCGCCGGCUCGACGUCCUCCGCGUCGUCGCUGAACAACAAGAACGUCCUCUCGUCGCUUGUGUUCUCGCUCGCGGCCGGUGUCUUCGGUGUUGCGUCGGCCAUCGCGCUCCUCGCUUAA